AGAAGCACUUGGCCUGAGUUAGCAAGGCUCGCCGAGAAGCACCCCGAAGCUGGCAUUCACUUUCAAGGUACCCUAGCUUGCUAACAAGAUCGCUAGCUGAGAAUCUGUUGACAGUGGUGUGUAGAUACUUUCAUCUAUCGCCGAGAGAAAGACAAGGGCCCUGUCAGUGAGUGGUUUGCGGAGCUUAUACGCGAAGAUGCAUGGUUUAGCAAAGUGGUCCCUAAUGUAUGCCAUCUGCCACAACACAUCCUGACGACAAAUCACUGAUGACCCGGCUCUACAGUUCAAGGUCCUCAGUCAAGAGGAACUGCCUGAGGGCAUGGAUGGCGGUACAUCGUUUACAUCCGUCUGCAUCAACACAGCCAUCUAUCUUCCUUGGCUAGUCUCGCAGUGCCUCAAGAAUGGUGUCAACUUCAGACGAGGCGUCGUAAAGCAUAUUGCAGACGCCACACUACUGCAUCAUUCUGGAGAGAAGGCCGACUUGGUGGUAAACUGUACCGGCCUAUUUUCCCUCUUCAUGGAAGGUGUGCAAGACAAGAACAUGUAUCCAGCUCGCGGACAGAUCGUACUCGUUCGAAACGAUCCGGGAAUCAUGGCCACUACUUCAGGAACAGAUGACGGUGAUGAUGAAGCUGUCUACAUCAUGCACCGCGCAGCUGGUGGUGGCUGUAUCUUAGGAGGUUGCUUGCAAGCGGACAAAUGGGACUCGGCAGUAGACCCAAACCUAGCUGUUCGAAUCAUGAAGCGUGCAAUCGCUCUGACACCUGGUCUAGUUUCCGAAGGCAAGGGCAUCGAGGCCUUGGAUGUGAUCAGGCACGGUGUAGGUCUGCGACCAAUGCGUAAAGGCGGCAUCAGAACCGAGAGAGAAGUGGUCAAAGGUCCGGACGGCAAUGCUAUCAAAGUCGUUCACAGCAUUGGUCAUGGUGGAUAUGGGUAUCAAACGUCAUGGGGUUGUGCCGCUGCCGUGGCCAAGCUUGUUGAUGAGUCCGUGGCCGAAAAGGCUCGUUUGUAGACAGACCAGUAGUCCUCAAAGGAUUGUUUGCAAUAUCAAAGGCAGAUCAGUGCAUCGCU